GGCAAGGCAACCUCCACCAUCCAUCGUCUCUCAAUAGAGAAAUGCUUAGAUGCGAUUCUCAGACCCAUGUGCACACAUAAUGGAAUGAAGAAAAUUCCGUCGUCCAACAAUUGCACGCUGGGCUAGCUGAGAUGCAAUGAUAGAAAAAAAAAAAAACAAACACAAGACUCGGACUUGUCACUUUGCUGCGCUUUUGCAUUGGCCAAAUGCAAAUGGGGGGCCUCCAAUGGUCGGCGGUGCAGCAUAGACAGCGAAAUCCCCAAAAUCCUCACCCAGCUUCUUGGUCUAGCAUCUUAAAAAUAGCCCUCGGACAAAAGUGUGAUACAACGGAUCCGAACAAUGGAAAUUGCCAAAUUUAUAGUGCACCCAGAAACCCACAGCGACACUGCGAUCAGAUCGCCCAGGCCAGGCCAGCCAAGGAAAACUUAUUUUAUUUAAAUAAAUUUCAUUUAAUUGCCAGCAAAGAACACAAAUAGCACUGUCCGUGUGUUAAUUGUAAUUCCGAUUCGUCAACUGGGCACUCUGCUUACCGAUGGGUGGCGAGAUGAUAAUCCCGAGUACCGCAUCAUGUUGACUUGGUCAACGGGGAGCACUCGAAUCCGGAUACCUUGGAGUGGCAGCCAGUUGUCAUUAUAUCAAAUUAAGCGGUUUCCCGGCCCCCCAAAAACCAAACCCAACCCCUUUCCCACAAAAAUUUCCCCUGCCAGGGCGUAUGAGUAAUAAGCCAACUGGCUACGACAUAAUACGUAUACGCCUCGUGGUGCAGACGCUCUUCUAGUCGGCAAAAGAGCAGCGCAAAGUGUGUGUGUUAGUGACAAAACGCUCAAUAAAUAAACAAAAUGCAAACAAACAAAUUAUGAGAAAACGAAAACAAAGAAGCCAACUGGUCCAUGUGAUCCAAACCCAGAUGAAUUAUGGAACAUGUAAAUAGCACUAAUGCCAGACAAACGCAGCAUCAUCAUUUUGAUCAGCAGCUGCCCCACAAUGACAACCAGCAGCAGUUCUGCCUGCGAUGGCACAAUCAUCAGACCAGUUUGCUGAGCACCCUGCCCAUCCUGCUGGACCAGUCGCAUCUGACGGAUGUGACCAUCUCUGCGGAGGGCCGCCAGCUGAGGGCACACCGCGUGGUCCUGAGUGCCUGCAGCAGCUUCUUCAUGGACAUCUUCCGGGCACUGGAGGCCAGUAACCAUCCCGUCAUCAUCAUACCUGGAGCCAGCUUCGGUGCCAUCGUCUCACUCCUCACCUUCAUGUACUCCGGCGAGGUUAACGUCUACGAGGAGCAGAUACCCAUGCUGCUCAAUCUGGCCGAGACGCUGGGCAUUAAGGGACUGGCCGAUGUCCAAAAUAACAACCUACCAAAGACGACAAGGAGUGGAGACGCCUCCUACACGGAUCCCAGCAACGAGAAGUCCUCUGAGUUCGAGCGCCCCAGUACGCCCUCCCCGACGCCGACGCCCACCCUCACGCCCUCCCACACGCCCACUCCGAGCCUGCCCCUCCCCCUCCCAAUGCCCCUGCCCCAGCUGCCCAGUCCGGCGCUAAGCACCCCCCUCCUGGCCAACAAACUGGGAUCGGUGGGGGCCACUGGAAUGGGCACCACGCCCCUGGAGAAUCUCUUCAAGUCGCUGCAGUUCUACCCCAGCCUGCUGCCCCAGCCCCUCAACUUCUCGCAGACGGCACUCAAUAAGACCACGGAACUGCUGGCCAAGUAUCAGCAGCAGUGCCAGCUCUAUCAGAGCGGGAUGCAGGAGGAGCACCUGGAGGCGGACUGCUUUGGCACCAAGAGGCUGAGGGGCGAGAGUCCGCCCAAGGAGCUGAGGAGGCUGGAGAAGAGUCUGGCCAAGGGUCCAAGGACCUCGUCAACGGUGAAUAGCAACAGCAUCAAGUCGCCGCCGGAGUGCUCCAUCCCCAAUCCCAUUGUGGCCACUUCGCCAGUGACCCUCGCUCCGCCGGCCAUGGCCCACUUUUCGCCCCAGCUGCCGGUGGUCAAGUGCUCCUCGGCCAGUUACCCCAGCCCCUUGGGCCAGGGUCAGCUCUAUAGCAGCAAACCGGCGUUGUAUAGUGCCGCUGCCACGCCCACGGCCGCCCAGCAGGCGGCCCAGAUGCACCACCACCCACCGGGCGGACAGACGCCCUACAUCUCGGCUGAGGAUCACGCCAAGCUGCAGCUCCACAUCGAGCAGUAUCAGCGGGAAGCGGCCGCAGCCGCGGCAGCAGCAGCAGCGGCCGCCGGGGGAAUGGCGCUGGUCAGCGCCAAGUCGGAGCCCAAUCUGCUCUCGCUGAGCGCCGACCGCGACAAAUCGCUGGCCACCGCACCCAUCAAGCCGCCGUCCAACUCCAAGCUGUAUGCCACCUGCUUCAUCUGCCACAAGCAGCUGAGCAACCAAUACAACCUGCGCGUCCACCUCGAAACCCAUCAGAAUGUGCGGUACGCGUGCAAUGUCUGCUCCCACGUGUCCCGCAGCAAGGAUGCCCUUCGCAAACACGUUAGCUACCGACAUCCUGGGGCACCGUCGCCCUGUGAGAACGAAGCUCGGCGGAAGCGGGUCUCCAAGCUGACGGCGAGCUCUGUGCCGUCGGUGGUCACACCCACUAUCACACCUACUUCGAUACCCAUGGUCACGCACACGGUGACCAGCGGGGAGGUGGGUCCGGCGCCGGCGACCACAAUCGGAUGCCAGGGACAGGAGGGUCGCAAUCCUUACCUCUUCCUGCCCAACCAGUUUCAGAUGGCGGCUGCCGCAGCCGCCGUGGCGGUGGCCGAAUCCUCGCCAGCUUCUGGCCAGCCAUCGCUGGAUUUGGCCCACGAGGCGCCGUCGGGCAUCAAGAGCGAACGGGAGCCACCGGCGGCCAGCAAUGGAGAGGCGACAGGUGUGGAGACAUCAGCGGCAACCACCUGAGGAUAAUAUUUUCAAAUAUAUUUUUGAUUUGUUCUACUCACCACACAGACACGCACACAGACACAAGGAACACGCCCACCCACGCACAUGCAUAUUCAAUAGUGUUGGGUGGCUCAGAAGUGAACAAAAUUUAACGCCUGAUUUCGUUUAUAAUACCUAUCAAAUCUGGUGAAAUAUAAUUCCUUAGAUAUUUUUGAAUACCUAAAGUUUAAAACCAUACAUCAAAAUCCCUUUUAAUACAAGUUUUUUAGACUUAUAUGAACUCAAAAUUUAAAAUUUAAUUCAAUCUCAAUUGUUUUUAAAAACCGGUGAGACAUUAAAACAGUUCUUUCGGUUCAUCCAUCGACAGUUUCUUAAUUAAUCAAUCAAAUUUAGAGCAUUGUUCCAUUAUCCUGGCAUAUUCCACCUUAUUUGAUAGGGAAUUAAACAGAUUGCAGGGAAUUAACAAUUAAAUUUAUGUCAAAGAUCACUUGCCCUUGAAGUAAGCCAUUUUUCCUGCACCCAACACUAAUAUGCCUUUGCCAUCUUUUAGCCCCACCGAAACCAACGUCUUAAACCCGGCUGUGAUAAUUAGCGCAAUUCGUUUUUCGUCUUCUGCACACAAACACAUGCGAGCGCCUUUCUAGCUAUCUUAAUUUAUGUACUUACUUUUAGCACAAUUUACGUUUAUUAUUUCACAAACUGUAGCAACCUCCGAGGCUCUGAAACUGCAAGUUACAAACAAUUAUUACCUAUCGCUUUCACGCUCUCUCACAAGCACACGCCCACACAUUCUAGUAAAUUAAGCCAAGUUUUUAUAAAUAUUGUAAUUAUACACCUGAACACGCACACACACUUGCACACAAAAAGACAGGGUGAAAACCUACAAAACACAAUUUUAAAAGGAAUAAAUGUUUAAGAAGCCUAAGAAAAUGU